CUCCAGCCCAGGAAUCCAAUCCAAACCAACCCUCCCAUCAACCACGUUCCGCCAAUUCGUCCGUCAAAAUGGCCUCCAUGAUCACCCGCCGCUUCUUCUCCACGACUGUCCGUCGCAUGGCCGACACCACCAAGCAGGAGCUCCAGACCGAGUCCAAGCGCAACCCCGAGAUUUAUAUCCUCGGCGGUGUUAUGGUUGCCGCUCUGGGCGGUGCCGGCAUCUACUUCGGCCGAUCUCCCACCCACGCCACCUCUGAGUCUCCCGUCAACGUCGCCAGCAUGGCCUGGGAAGGCGAGGGCCAGGGCAAGUACAAGUACCACCCUGGCGGCGACCCCAACGCUGCCCCCCGUGAAGCUCCCAGCGCCCUCAACGUGGUCAUCAUCCCCAACGUCACUGCUCCCAAGGAGUACCACGACAAGUUCAACAAGUGGGGCAAGGAGGGCUACCCUUGAAAGGCACAAUGCGCACAUGGAACUGUGAGCAAUGAUGGAACUGGUAGAAGCGGGCAUUCUUGUAUUUAAAUGAGGCGUGUUCGCCUGUGUAGACAUAUGAGUGGGGGGAGACGCAUCAUGGUUUAAAACAAAAAACGAUGAUGAGGCAGAAAAAGAAGGAUAAGAAAAAGAAGAUUAUUUUGCAUACAUCUCCGAAAGUGAGACAUUGUGGUUGAAGCUCCCAAAGAGGCAAUAGCCCAUACAGCUGAAAAUUGAUUGCUUUCAAAACCUUUCC